AUGCAAUCCGAAAAUGAUUUAUUGAAACAGGAGAACACCAGACUUAUGGCUAGAAUCAAUGAAUUGGAACAGAUCGUGAAAGAAAAAGAUGAGCUUGAGAAUAUCGAAAAGCAAAAUCGACCAGUUACUAAUGAUUUAAAAUCUUUGGAAUAUUCCACUCCAUUACCUAACAAAAGUUGCUCAAAUGGUGAAAAUGUGCAGAUUAAAGAUUCUUCAACUCACCACAAAGUGGAGCAAUCCAUGACUAGCACUGACUUAGUAACUUCAGAACAGGUAGUUAACACAAUUUCCAAUACUUCUAACCUUAAUGAAACUUGCUCCGGAAAAUCUAAAUCAUUAGAAGAUAAAGAAAUUGGUGUCUUUUUAGAUUCAGAAAAUAAGAAAAGAGAUAAGGCAGAGGAAUAUGGGGAAAAAGCUAUUACAUAG